CGUUCUCAAGCCGCUUCUUGCAUCCGUUCUCGACUUCCACUACUUUGUUUUCUCCAUCCGGUUAUAUGCAUUGGUGAACCGUUGUCUCACAGCUUCUUCUAUUUUGGUUUACUCUUUCGAGCCAGCAAAUCCUUUUGUUCUUGCAUCAUUUCUUCUAUGCAUUCGUCAGCUUAACUACCUGGCUUUUCCUCUAUAUCCCAGAGAGCAUCGGCUGUUGGCCCCUCAUUUCUCUCUCCUUAUCCGUGCCAAUCCAAACCCAUAUUGAGAGUUAUAUCUCUAUCUCUGCUCAUCAUUCCACGGUGGUCGAAUCAAAAUGAUUCGACCGUGGAUUUCGAUGCUCCUCCUAGGCUUUCUCCUAAUCACUUCAGCGUGCGCUGUUGACCUGCAAAGAGGGCGACAAGCCCGCUCCAAUACACCAUUUUCCAGUUUCUUCAAGGGCCUCCCAGCUAGGAUCUGGGCCCGAGAUAAAUACCUCGAGGAUUAUAUCAUUGCUCGUCCACAUGGGUUAGCCAAACGACAGGACAACGUUCCAUCAGCAUCCAUUAACACUCCCCUUGAUACCCCGGGCAGGGACAGCUCCGUCACCCCAACACCUACACCACCAACUUCAACAGCCGAUCCCACAACUACCAGCGUGCCACCUCCGGAAACAACCACUCCUCCACCCCCAAGUUCGACAACGACACCACCCCCUCCAGAAACCACCAACUCUCAGGGGCCUCCAGAACCAACUCCAACUCCCCAACCAACCCCCCAACCACCCAGUUCCAUAAACAACCCCAGCCGUGGAUCUAGCUCAAGGUCCACACCGCUCACUACCAAUAACAACCCGACCACCACUCCUCCUCCGCGAACCUCAACCACGCUCAUCCCGACCACAAAUUCAGAUGGGUCUCUCAGUACGAUUACAUCGGUCAUCGUUGUCCAGCCUUCACCAACUAAUUCACAAGGAUCCCCAUCGCAAAGACCACCUGGUUUGCAGACAAAUACGGCACCGAUUAUAACUGUCGAUCUAGAGAAAGGGUUGUUAGCAGUUCUUGGGCUCAGCGGUGCUAUUGCCGUUGUGAUGGCGUUGUGA